GGGGGGAGAUAACGAGCACGCCGUGUAAACUGCGCCAUUGCCAGAUGCCUUAGCUCCGUGGCUAGAAGAAAGCUAGCUCCCACUCAGUACGAGGGUCGCGCUGUUCUUGUUACAAAAGAACGACCUAGCACAAUUUAAACGAUUUUACCGAAAGCAGGCAUUUUACUCUUAAAGCUCUUGUGUGAAGGACGGGCGAAGCUCAACUCUUGAGAGGGCGAGGCCGGUUAUUGCAGAGGGCCCCAGCACUGUGACCCCCUCACAGACGGACAGACGGACAAGACGGCGGACCACCCAACGGAAACUAUGGACCGCUCGCCCACCACCUCGGCGCUGAUGGCCAGCAACGUCACCAACAAGAACGACCCGCGCUCCAUCAACUCCCGCGUCUUCAUCGGCAACCUGAACACGCUGCUGGUCACCAAGGCCGACGUGGAGGCCAUCUUCGCCAAGUACGGCAAGAUCGUGGGCUGCUCGGUGCACAAGGGCUUCGCCUUCGUCCAGUACGCCAACGAGAGGAACGCCCGCAACGCCGUGGGCAGCGAGGACGGACGCAUGAUCGUGGGACAGGUCCUGGACAUCAACCUGGCCGGAGAGCCGAAGCCCCACCGGUCAAAGACCACCAAGCGCUCAGCGGGAGACAUGUACAGCUCCUCGUUUGACCUCGACUACGACUUCCAGAGGGACUACUACGACAGGGUGUACUCGUACCCGUCCCGUGUGCCCCCGCCGCCCCCGCCCCCCCUCUCACGGGCCGUCAUCCCGUCCAAGCGGCCCCGGGUCAGCGUCAGCAGCGGGGGGGGGGGCAGCCGGCGCACCAAGACCGGCUUCUCCUCGUCCAAGAGCGGCCAGAGGCCGUCGUCCACGCGGGCCAGCCAGGGCCCGAGCCCCGUGGCCCCCCCGCCGCCCAGCAGCCUCGUGAAAAUGGACGAGCUGCAGACGAUCAAGCGGGAGUUGAGCCAAAUCAAACACAAGGUGGACUACCUGUUGGAGAGCUUGGAGCGCAUGGAGAAGGACCACUGCAAGAAGUCGGACUCCAAGAGCGCCAUGGCGGAGCCCGGGGAGGUGGCCUCGCCCCCCCACCCCAGCGCCAAGAAGCAGGAGAGCCUCAAGCGGGACCGCGAGUGCCAGGACACGAACGACUCGGACGACGACGACGAAGACGAGGCCGAUCUGCUGGAGGAGGAGGAGGAAGAGGAGGUGAAGAGCCAAGGGCGUGAUGAGGAAGAGGACGAGGAGGAGGAAGAGGAAGGGGAGCACGUGGACGAUGACGACAGCGCCAACGGCGAAGACGACUCCUAAGACGUGACGGCGGCGUGGCACACGAGCGGAAAGAAACUUGGGACAGUUUUAAUUACGGCUACAAAAAUGCAUAGAAUAAUGCAUGGUGUACCCCCCCCCCCCCCCCCCCCCCC